AGCGCACACACACAAAAACAAUGUGCCACCCCACACCACCACAAAACUGGUAUUUGAAAGAAGAAGUGGCCCACAACAACACGAAAGAAGACCAAGAACCUGCAGUUACUCAGUACUCCGUCAAUACUGCAGCACCGCCAGAAAGGAACCAACCAUGGCAACACAACAACAAGAACAGAGAAAACGAAAACGAGUGUGUCUCUUUGGAACUUCGGCCAAUCCACCCACGGGAGACCAAGGACAUUUGGGCAUUGUCAAAGCCAUUGCGGGUCUUAAGCUGCAAAACGAAGAAGAAAGCGCAUUCGAUGAAAUUCGAGUCGUACCCGUCUACAGCCACCCGUUUGCCAGCAAGAGAAAGCUAUUGGCGCCCUUUGACCAUCGCGUACAAAUGUGCCAUGUAUCCCUCCAAGGCAUUCCCAUUGUAACCAUUUCUCCGGCAGAACAGGACAUUUAUCAAGAGAAACUUGAACAGCAACAACUACUCCUAAAAGGAGAAUCAGCAGAAAACAGUAUCAGCAUUGGCACGGCCGAUCUAUUGGAAUACUACAAUCGACAGGAUGACAUUCCCACGGAUUAUACCCUCUGUUUGGGGGCAGAUACCUUUUUGGAUUUUACGGGUGGAAAAUGGAGGAGGACCGAGGAUAUUCUGGACUUGAUUCAAGGACGAUUCGUCGUCUUGUUUCGACAAGAAGAUGCUACGGACAGUGGCAAGCAAAAGCAAGAACAACAGCAACAGCCAAAUCAGCAACGACAGCUCGAACAAGCGGUUGCCAAACUAGAAGGAACGAAUGGAAGUGGUUCCAUUCGAUUGCUGCAAGUGCCAACCUUGGGAGCCGUAUCUUCUACACUGGUGCGAAAAUUGAGUCGAGAAAUGAGCCAAAGCGAGGACAGCACAGGCAACACGAAUGCGCAAAAACUCACCGAACAAAAUCAACAACAACAAAUUGCCGAACUCCAGUUGAGAGAAAUUGUAGAUUCCAGAGUGCUGGAGUACAUGAAAGAACACGGCCUUUACGGGUUCCAGAAGGAUGCUUAGCUGCGGUAUGUAGUAGCUCUAAAAAGAGGGAGCGAUGCAUUGAUGCUGGUACACGCUACCCGUUCGGCUAUGGUACGAUAGCUUAUGAAUACCGGACAAACUUACUUCUGGCGACAACUUGUAGGACUACUUCAUAUUG